AUGGACUACAUACUUGCUGGUAAUAAGUGUUUUGCAGAUAUGGAUGAUGAGACUGCGGAGUUAAUCAUUCAGCUUCAGCUCGAUGACAUUGAGUACUCAUCUUCCAAGGGAAAAGGUCGCGCCGACGAUGUAUCCGACAUCUCAGUUGCAUUCAAGAUGCAGAAGGAGGAAUUGGAAAACACUGCAUUGUUCUUGUCGGAUCAACGCAUGACGAGAAGUAUUGCAUUGGCCGUACAAAACGAUGGUGCCGUUGUGACUGAAGCGGUAUCACGCGAUGACAUUUUUGUAAGAGAUCAUUCGAUGGCUUUACAAUUGUAUCAAGAUCCUUCAAGACCGGCGACUGCACCAGAGAUUCCUCCGCCUGCUACACCAAAUACACAGAUUUUGAACGAGGAGGUCUUGCAAAAACUUCAAAUACUCUAUGUCUCUGGCGACGACUCGAAGGACAAUAAGGCAGCAGAGCCGAAUGGAACAGAGUGUAGUUCGGUGAUUGGGUCAAAUGCAGAGUCUUCUACAUGGGCGGCCUCUCGACCUGUACCUUCUAAGAGUACUUGCGUCAUCUGUCGCGACGAGAUCAGCUUCUGUGAUGCAGCACGAGUUCCUGGUUCAUGUCGCCACGAAUAUUGUCGCACUUGCCUUGAGCAGCUCUUUCGCUUAUCAAUCAGCGACGAAUCACUCUUCCCACCCCGCUGCUGCAACGAACCAAUCACUAUCGCUAGCGUCCGUCUUUUCCUCACAAGUGAUAUCGUGCGCGCUUUUGAAGAGAAGAGUAUCGAAUUUGAAACACCAAACAGAACUUAUUGCUGCUUACAGUCUUGCUCGGCUUUCAUCCACCCGUCCAAAAUCGUCAAUAACAUAGCUACGUGUGAUGGCUGCGGCACACAAACCCACACCUUGUGUAAGCUGGAAGCUCACAUUGGAGAUUGCUCAAAUGAUACCGCGUUGCAGGAGGUUUUGGAUCUUGCUAGAAACAGGGGUUGGCAAAGAUGCUAUUCAUGCUGGGGUAUGGUGGAGCUGGAAGUGGGAUGUAACCACAUGAAGUAA